AAUGUGCAAAUGUGUGUUUCUGUUUAAUUUGCUGCUGUAAUCAGGUAUCGUGCACUUGAUUCCAAAAUAAGUUGAUUGCACUCGCACAUCAACGGGUGUGUUUUGUUCAAUAAUAUUUAUAUAUAGGGGUUACAUUGAUAAAAAACAACGUAACAAAACAGGCAACACCCGAGCUUGAUUGCAAUAUCGAACGAGCAGACCCUGCAAGUCUUUCAUACACCAUCGAAGUGAUAUUAUGGCAUUCGCCCAAAAUUUAGUCAGGUGCACCAUCAAUGCUGCCGUACUCAAAAGUGCCAGAAGCUUUUCAAAAAAUUCAAGUAACUUUAGCUUACUGCAAAGACGUAUUAAUCUUAAAUCGAUAACGAAUCAACAUUGUUUGCGAACAUUUUCUGUUGGCACACAACUUCACCAAGAUGUGAACGUUACAUUUUUACGCGCAAAUGGCCAGAAAAUACAAACAAAGGGAAAAGUUGGUGAUACCUUAUUGGAUGUGGUGGUUAAUAAUCACAUCGAUUUGGACGGUUUUGGCGCAUGUGAAGGCACACUAACCUGUUCGACAUGUCAUUUAAUCUUCAAAACAGCAGAUUUCGAGAAACUGCCAGAUAAAGCUAGUGAUGAAGAAUUAGAUAUGUUGGACUUAGCUUAUGAACUUACUGAAACUUCCCGGCUAGGUUGUCAAAUAACUCUUACAAAGGAUAUGGAUGGGCUGGUUGUAAGUGUGCCUGCAACAAUAAAUGACGCGCGCAGUGCGUAACCAAGGUUAAGCACUUGUUAAACUAAUUGCACACUUGACGAAACAAAUUAACUGCACAAACAUAGAAACACUUUUUAUGUAUAUAUAAAACCAAUUGUAAUAUAGCAUUGUGAUAACAUCAACAAAAUGUGUUCGCCGCGUCUACGUCAAAUAAAUUGACGGAUGGCCCGGAUGUUGCUUGCAUAAAUGAAUAUAAUAUUUGUAUAUAAACCAAUGCAUAUUGUUAAAGUCUCCGAAUAUACGUAUGUGUGUAUGUACUUGCAUAUAAAUAGCAGUUUAAAUCUUUCCAAUCCCAAAGAAAACUAAACCAGUAAGAACAAAACAAAGUAAGUGCAAACAAAAAAUGUAUACUAAUUUUAACUGAUUAUUUKUAUAAAAUAAAUAUCUGCUUUAAGCGAAAAUUAAA